GGUGCUGAGUCGCUCGCUCGCUUAGGGAGGCUUCGGUUCUGCUGCCCGUUCCCCUCGACGCUGCCACGGGCUGCGAUGGGACUAGUAUCAAAUCGCCUCCGCCGCCUCCUUCAGGCACAGUGAGUGACUCCAGCAGCCCCUCAGCCCCGGAGGUUUGGAUGCGGCAGCCUCAGCGCCCCACUUGCUUUUGGGGGGCGGCACACCAGGUGAAGAAAUUUUCAGAGACGCUUAUACAGAAGCAGCAAGGAUUGAAUGAAAACUUGAAACAGAAAGAACCAACUAUACACGUUCUUUUCCAGGUUUUUCAUCUGCCGCAUCUGAGAUUCAUUAUGGUACCUUGCAAUGAGCAAUGACCUCCUCUGAAGAAUAUAGGUGCCAAAAAGACAGAGAGACAGUGGCCUUGUUUCCCUCUUACUUGACAAAGUGAAAUGGUGCUCUUAAGGUGAUAAGUGUUUACUACACUUGGAAACCCAAACUGUUGGCUGGACGAUUUUUCCCUGACCUCCACCCCAGUGUUCUGAUGGACGGUUGACAGUGACAUCAUGUAGUAGUCCCUGAAGUGUUGUCAUAACUGAGUUGCAAUGGUUUUAUACACUUCCCCAUUUCCCAACAGCUUUCUAUCAGUUCUGCAUUCCUUUUCCUGGGGCCUGAUUUUCCCAUGUUAUUGGUUUGCAGACAGGCUUGUGGCCUCCUUUGUUCCUACCACCUAUGAGAAACGACAAAGGGCAGAUGAUCCGUGCUACUUUCAAGCACUCUGCAUCAUUAUUACCACUCCCAUCUACUUGGCACUGCUGGUGGCAUCUCUUCCUUUUGCCCUGAUUGGCUUCUUGUUAUGGUCACCUCUCCAGUCAGCUAGAAGGCCAUAUAUCUACUCCAGGCUAGGAGACAAGAGCCAGGCCAAUGGCGCUACACUACUUACUGAAUGGAAAGCUACAGGCAAUGGGAAAAGCUUCUGCUUUGGUAGUGCCAAUGUUUGUCUGCUACCAGACUCUCUGGCAAGAUUUAACAAUGUUUUCAACACACAGGCACGGGCUAGAGAAAUUGGGCGGAGAAUCAGAAAUGGGGCAAGCAGACCACAGAUAAAAAUAUAUAUAGAUUCCCCCACUAACACAUCCAUCAGUGCAGCCAGUUUCAGCAGCUUGGUCUCUCCCCAAGUUGGAGAUAGCACUAAUCGUGCUGUCAAUGUAGGCAUCAAAAGGACAUCAUCUAUGGAGUACAAGGGAGACAAUUCUGGUUCAAAUAACAGUGAGGAUAGCAGAGAUGCUAAAGCUGGAGGGGAACUAAAUGAAGGAGAGGACAACAACACAUGUAUCGUGCGCAUAAGUGGGGAGGAUAAUGGCCACAUUUCAGACCCAGAAGUGGAUGCCAUUAGUGGCCAGGCUAAUAUCAGUAGCCCAGCAGAACACUCCUUGGAAGGUGAAAGAGAGAGUCCAAAGGGUCAAAUACCCAACCAUAAACAGAAAGAAGGAGAUUCUGGGAGUUUAGACAGCUACACUGCCUCGCGAGAGUCCCUGGUUAAGGUUCGCAUUGGAGAUGGCACAGUGGACCAAAGUAACAUCAACAACAAGCUCCUUUACAAAGCCUCGGUCAUGAAGAAGACCUCUGUGAGGAAAAAGAAGCAUAUGGAUGAAAUCUUUGACCAUGAGAUCUCUGCUUUCUUUCCUGCCAACUUGGACUUCCUGUGCUUGCAGGAAGUGUUUGACAAAAGAGCAGCAGAGAAGUUGAAACAGCAGCUCCAUCACUAUUUUGAAUACGUUCUAUAUGAUGUUGGGGUCUAUGGCUGCCAUGGCUGCUGUAGCUUUAAGUUUGUUAACAGUGGCCUGCUUUUUGCCAGCCGCUACCCGAUUAUGGAUGCUGCCUAUCACUGUUACCCCAAUGGAAAAGGAACGGACUCCUUGGCUUCCAAGGGGGCCUUGUUUCUCAAGGUACAAGUGGGAAAUACACCUCAGGACCAAAGAAUUGUGGGAUACAUUUCCUGCACUCAUUUGCAAGCUCUGGCAGGAGACACUACAGUUCGAUGUGAGCAACUUGAUCUGCUUCAAGAUUGGCUGGCUGAUUUCCGAAAAUCUACCUCCUCCUCCAGCACAGCCAAUCCAGAGGAGCUGGUGGCUUUUGAUGUGAUCUGUGGAGAUCUCAACUUUGACAACUGCUCAUCUGAGGACAAGCUGGAGCAGCAGCACUCCCUGUUUACACGCUACAAAGAUCCAUGCCGGCUUGGUCCUGGGGAAGAAAAACCAUGGGCAGUUGGUACCUUGUUAGAUCCUGAAGGAUUGUAUGACGAAGAAGUGUGCACUCCAGAUAACCUACAGAAGGUGCUGGAAAGCGAAGAAGGGAGGAAAGGAUACCUGGUCUAUCCCACCAGCAAGAACCAUUCUUCAAGUCAAAAGGGGAGGAAGGCAUCACUAAAAGGCAGUGGGAGGAGGAUUGACUACAUGCUUUACACAGAAGAGGGUGUCUACCUGGAAUGGAAAGUGGAAGUGGAAGAGUUCAACUUUAUUACACAGUUAGCAGGUUUGACAGACCACCUGCCAGUCGCUAUGCGUCUGAUGGUAUCUACAGGGGAAGAGGAUUCUUAAAACUGACCAGCGUAGACAGAAGAUUAGAAGAGGAAAGUUUCAAUUUAUGACCUAUAUCAGAGGAUGGGAAAGAACUUUUCUGGUGCCACGUUAGGAAAGAUGACUAGACCUGACCCAGGCUAUCCCCCUUCCCCCCCCACACACACACAACUCAACUGGCUUUCAAGUUCCUUCAAAAUGUACCAGCAUCGGAGGAUAUAAAGGGAAGAAAUUGUGUGGGUUGGGACUAGUAACAAACCAUUGUCACAAGUUGGUCAGGCAACAGGGCAGGGCUGUAUCUCAACGCUUUCACUGUGGACCGAAAGGAACCAAGAUGGAAGUCCUUAUUCCUUUUGAACCAGUGCCAUUCUUACUAAAACAUGUUUUUAUACUAAUAUAUAGCACAAUUUAGUUUGUAAUCCGUCUGUGAGUUAGUGCUGCUCAAUGGAUUUUUGCAUAAUAUCUUUGUGAAACUAAGCUAAAGCUUUUUUUUUUCCCUCCUUUUCUUUUUCCAAGCCUGUUAAUGUCGUAGUAGCAUGCCUGCAUCAGUAGCAUGCGCCCGCAUUGCAUGCCACUCUAAGAUAGUCAUUAAGAUACCAUGGGGGAAAUAAGAAUAGAAAUGGGAAUUCAAAAUCUGAAACUAGCCAAAGAAAAGCAUUCUGGGACUGGCUAAACAUUUUCCAAUCGACUUGAUGGGCUUCAAAACAAAAAGCUGUAUCCAAUUGGCAGAUAAGAAUCUUACUUUUUCAAAGUCCUCCAUUUAAGGAUUAUGAUUAAAAAUCAGACAUUAAAGUUUAGAAAUCCAGUCUCACAAUCCUUACUCCAACUAUAUUCCCAUUAAAAUCAACAAGAGUUUUGCUUGAGUAACAGCUCCUGAAUAGAGCACAAGUUUGCUAUCCACAGGAUAUCACUUUUACUUUGAAAAAGAAUAUGGUCCCCUUUUAAUGUCAUAGGCUUCCUUUCCCACAUUUAGGGCAGUUCUGAUUUACAGUGUACGGUAACAGAGAAUAUUAUGGUUAUUUUGAAUAGAUUCACGUGGUACCAUUGGUAAUACCAGAGUCAAUUCUCUACCUUGACUGGAUACAAUGAAUAAGGAAGGCUUUUAACAAACAUGCGAGACAUAGGAAAAACAAAGGAAGUGACAAUUUCGGAGAACAGAUGAAGAAAGAGUGUGAUUGACAAAAGACUGAUUAGGACACUGAUUUUCAAAGGAACAAAAAGUGGUGGCAGAAUAAAGAAAGAAAAAAAGGGGAAGUGAAAUGUGAAGACUUCUGUAAAGGAGAAAAUAAUUUGUAAUGUGUGGAACACAACACUGCAUUCUUUGUGCCCUCAGUCUUCGAGUUUUGGCCAGUUAAUUUGUAUAAUUUUGGUGGUGGUUUUCUCUUUCCACUGCACAAAGAUGUACAUCAGCCCCUUUGUUAGCAGCGAGUUCUCUCUUUAUUGUCCCAUCCCAGUACCCUACCCUUUUCACCUUCCUACCUCCCUGACUCAUGUAAUUCAAUAGUGGGAUUCAUAACUGAGCUUCUCGGCCCUUUGUCCAUGUAGGGAAGUAAAACGGGGCAAGAGCAAAGGAGGGGAUGGAAGCAAAAGCGAACACCACACUAAAGAAAUAGGCUUCUCUUCCUAGGGAGAAGAGUAUUCUGCUCAAAAAGGAUACCUCUGGGCCCACACAAUCCGCUAAUUACCUGGUGCUCCUUAAUCCAAGCCAUUCAUUUCUCCCUAAUCUUGUUCCAUUUUUACAGUGUUUUCCCCAUUCUCUACCAUAAAUAUUGAAUUCACAUCGCAUCUGGGCCCAAACAUGCACCAGUUUAAACAAACAAUUUUUAGCCAACCGGAUACAAACAUCUCUGUGAACACUUAUUGUGCUUUAGUUUAAACCUGCUAUAGACUUAAACUGAAAUAAGCCUGUUUAAAACAGAAACAAGUCCAUGCAGAUUCUUGCAUCAGUUUAACUACCUAAAUUUAAAAACCAAACACUUAGUUAAACCUGUGUCACUCUGCAUGCAGAGAAGCCCUUAGUGUUAAUGAAAGAGACAGCUCUCACUGGCUAGAGCCAGGCAGGUGCUAGCAAGUUUUCCCCUCACACAGCUCUGCCAUUGCACCUCAAUCUUGACCCAUCACAUCCCUCAUAUUCCAGUCCAGGGCUCCCUUGAACACAUUCUGCCUCUCACAACUGAAUUGUGCCAAACUGCAUGGGGGUUUGUGACAGAUAACAAAUGGAGACUAGAAAGAGACCAAAUUUAGCACCCCUUUUGGUCUAAACAAGAAUUGAAACCAAGUGCCAAGAGGUAGAAGCCGAAUGCACUACUUAUUUCCUUCUGUAGCUUUCUCUGUAUACACAGAGAGUGCGCGUGCACAGUUUCCUGGUUUCUUAGCUCUGCAGUUAACUCAGAAAGACUUUGAAAAAAUGCUUGUAAUCCUAUUUUCUAUCUUGCUUGUAUUUUAUUAACCUUUUUUAAAAAAAAAAAAAAACACACAGUACCAAUAGCAAUUUGUGUACUGCCCAGCAGCUAUGCUGCCAUAUUGCUAUCAGUAGUAGAACUAAAUCUGAGGUACAGUAUUUUUCAUAGCUUUCCUAACAAUGUAAAUUAGUUUGAUAUCAAAUUCACUGAGUAUCAAUUACAGUUGCUGAAUUUAUUGACACAAUGUGGGAUGUAAACAAACAAUUACUGCCAAUGUUACGCUAUUUACAGUAAAAACUAAUGUCUAAAUUACUUUGUUUAGUUCUGUGAAGUCAUGCUGACUCUAAAACACAGGCACUUUCCUUGCCCUUUUGAGAUAGGAUGAGAGAUCUUUUCAAUUUUGAAGUAAGCAGUUUCUUAGAUUUUGAUGUUCUUAAUUUUUCAGUGCUCUCUGUUUUUAAUGGUUGAUAAAUGGAUAGUUGUAAAACAGUCUCUAUUUAAAACAAAACAAAAUACACCACUAACCAAUAUAGUUAGUUGUUACUAAUCUUAUGGAUCUAACUUUGCAAGAGGAUGAUGCUGGGAGGUGCAGUAUUGUGACUCCAUUGUACAAAUGCUCUUUGCUUUAUUGCAUCGAUCCUGUGCCUUCUGAUGCCUUGAUACACUUUGGGGAUUUAGAAAAUGCAUUUAGAAGAUUGUAGAACACACACUUCCCACUCCAGAGAACAGUGCACCACGUGAAAGAGGAACAGAAACCAUAUUCUCCACGCUGACUCAAAAAGAACCACUCAGCCACUCUAUUGGCAGAAUAUCCAUCCAAAAAAGCCUUAGAACCCAGGUCAUGUGAUGGGAUAUUUUCAUUUUCCCUUUUUUUUUUAUAAAAUAACUACUACAGGAAAUUAAGACGCAAGCAGUUCCUCUAAAAUAAAUUCCAGCCUGAUUAAGGACAGCGUGACUAGCCCCCUUAGCAAUAUAUAAAUUACAAAGAGUUUGAGUUAAACUUUCAACAGCUACUCACCCUAUUAGGCAUAGGAACUUCAGGUCUCUCUAAAGAGUGGGUGAUAAUACUUCUUUGUGUUUAAUAAUGUAACAUCAUUGAACAUCAGUGCCAAUUCUUUAUGGGAUGACUAUGGACAUUUUAGCUGAAGUGUCACAUAAUACACACACGCCCUAAAGCUUCUACUUGUGUUACACUCAAUUCUCAUUUUACAAGAGCAGGAGAAUGUUCCUUAAGUAAGUAUAAACUAAGGAUAGCAUUUUUAAAAAGGCCUAAAGGUGUUAGGUGCCCAAAAGAACAGGCUUUAGCCUUUCUGGGCUCAUUCAAAUCUGGUUAAUCUGUGCAUGAUUUGUUUGCUGGCCUGGGGCUCUGAAAGGCAUCACUGGACUAUAUGCAAUCAAAUGAGAUCCCACGCUACAGCCUGCAUCAAGCACUGAGGAAGAGUGCUUGUGACAUCAUGGCUGAAUUCCACCUAGUGUAAUGUUGUACUUAUGAGAGUUAUAUUUUGGCUAAUGUAUUCUGAUGGAGUUGGCUUAGCAUGCAGUUAGACUCAACUUAAGCAACCAUUCAAGCUACCAACAAAAAAUGGGCUGCUCGAUAAAGGUGACCUAAUAAAGGUGAAUUUUACUCAAUAUUGGCUUCAAGAAGAGUUGCAGGUACUCUGCAUCCUGCUGAAUUAAGGUCACUUUGAGGAAAGGAUGUUGCCGAAUAAAAAUUCUCUUUUACACCUCACUGCAAUGUCUUGUUCCAGCAGCUGUCGCAGCCAGGCCCUGACUCCUACCUGUUGACUAAAGCAUGAAGUUUUAUUAUGGGUCCUGCAAUUAUUUUCCUUUAAAAAGUUGUUGUUUUUUUUAAAUGGCACUUGUCCAGUGAUUCAGAUUAAACAGAUCUGACUGUCCUCAGGUUAAUAUGAGCCACUCCCAGGCCACUUUUGGUUGGCCUGAGUUCAUCCCAGCUCAGAAAAUUAUUUUCCCCCUCUCCUGCUCGGUCAAGAGGGAUGAAAGGAGAGGAACGCAUAGGAGUCAAGAGUGUUGAAGAAUUUCUGGCUCUCCUCCAUCACGACGAGGGUCACUAAAAAUAGGUAUUAAGAUUGUCCAUAAUCAUCUUGUUUUAAAUAUGACUAUUAAUCUUGAUGUUUUUUAAAUAUUGUAUUAAUGCUGAGGUUUAGAAACCCAAUAUAAAAAUGACUUUUUUAUUUCAAUGAUUUUUUCUUUUGGUAUUGUAUCCUUCUGGGACCUAAUGUUUUUUAUAUGGUAAGCACACAGCUGACAUUUUGUUAUAAAUGUAUAAAAAACAAGAAACCAAACAUGUUCAUUGUUUUCUUUGCCUGUAAGAAAACCACAGUCUAACACCUGAUAAAAACGAGAUAUUUUGGGGGAAAAAUAGCUUUUUUCUUUACUGGUGCUGAAAGGAAUUAAUGGUUGAUGCAAACAAGAUAAUAAAAUUUCAAGGCUCAAACAUU